CUCACCUGUAGCGAUGCAACCGAGUGCGUGCGUGUGAUCGAAUUGAAGUCGAUUGUUUUACAAUCCAAAAUGCGCACACGCGCCGAGUUUUGAGCCUUUCGAGAGGGGGGCUCCAUUUACGACGUUAUGUGGUGGAAGGUGAACGCCCCGAACUGUUAGAGAUGCGCAAAAUCCAUUUUUGUUACGUUUAAAGCUUGGUUGUAACGUCAUACCUGUUGAAUUACACGUGACAUCGUUAAUUAAGAGAUUUACCACAAGUAAAAUGUUUGACGAUGAAACCAUCGCCACGGAAGAUUGACGCCUUCAAGUUACUCGGCCAAUGUUGUAAAUGGUAGAAUUCACCAAAACAACGAACAUGAUAUUUGAUCAAUAUCUGACGCCUUCAAGUUACUCGGCCAAUGUUGUAAAUGGUAGAAUUCACCAAAACAACGAACAUGAUAUUUGAUCAAUAUCUCACUCCAAGCAAUAUCUUCUGAGUAUAAACGAGUAUAAAUGCUUUUAGAUGUAUGGAUUCGGUACACACUUGAAUGUGUCGUUUACGACGUCGGUGGAAUGUUUGAACGCAACAAUCCGCCCUGAUGACGGAAAAAUCGCUAUUCUUAACUGCAUAAAGGGCUAACAACGAAACAAAGUAAUCGUACGUUUAUACAACUGUAAACAUUAGCUGGUAAAAGAGAAACGUGUUUUUUUUUUUUUUUUUUUUUUUUUACAAUAUGAUUUGUUAUUGGAUUUAUAAUUGACGACAUUGAACGCAACAAUGAUUAGCAUUAAUGAUGGGUCUCUAUUAUCCAUUUAAAUACACGCUGAAACAACCAACCAACAAAGAAACGACUUGAACGUAGGUUUCUACUAGUGUUUUUGUGAGUUGAGAAAUGAGAUAUUUAACAAAUUGGACUUGUUUUCGUGGAUUAGGUCAUUUACGGCGUUGGCGGUCAAACUUGAAAGCUUUCAACCAUCAAACAAUUGUUUAAAUACACUUAGCAACUAUUGUAGGAGUUCUCAAGCGUUUUAUUUACGUUUUCACUUCUCAUUGGUGAAUUAUGAACAUGCUGUUUACUUUUCCGCUGACCGAAUUGAAUUAUUUACGACACUGGCGGUUGAAUUUGAACGCAUCAAACAGUUGGAGGGAUUCCGCACUCUCUCAAGUUCACUUAAGUUUGCUGAUUUUUCUUCUCCUUACUUGGCCUAUUGAUGGAAGCUGCUUCCACCAGCACCACGGUGGCCACCAGGAGUAUCAAUAGUAGCAGCCCAGAAAGACACGAGCCCGGAUGGCGUCCCCGGAGAGAGUCCUGAAUCUUUUCCAGUGACUUGAGAACUAAGUGACAAAGCCGGCCCGCUGAUCACGCUCUGCUUGACCCUCACGGCCUCGUCGACGCUUUCCUCUGAAGAGCACGUGCGCAGUAUUUGUCAUUUUUGUUAUUUGUCAUUUCUGCGUAUUCUUUUCUCACCCGUCCGGACGCAGACGGAAGCGGCGCCGAAGAGCGUGAAGACCGCGAAGGCCGCCGCGAUGAAGGCCAGCUCCAAGCCGGAGAAAGGGACUUCCAUAAGGACGACGCGGCAGGAAGAAUCCCGGAAGCGAGUAUUGCGAAACCCGAGCGCAGAGUACACGCCCUCGUGACUUGGACUUUGCUUCCUCGGUGUCAAACGAUCAACACGUCGUGGCGCAGUCCGGGCAUCUCCGUCCCUCCCGGACGAUCCCCGUCAGCGCGAAGAGGCCGAAAACCAGCAGGGAAAAGAUCACGGCCAGAGCUUCCAGCUCGCCCGACGCGGACCCCAUGGUCGUCCCGAGAGGCUGCCGUAGGUGCGAGCGUAGUACUUAGGUACUAGAGAUCAUGUUAACCCUAAUUAUUCAUGAAUUGCCUUUGUGCUUUAACGUGGGCGUCGCUGACGGCGAUCGCCGUCCGACGGCGCGGUGUCCGGUCAUCCUGCUGUGAAUGGAAAUGACUUUAUCGCCAGUGAGUCCCCUUGAAAGGGUUAAAAAUAGGUAAAUAUCUAUUUUCAGGCACCGACAACAAGUGCCUUUCAUUUGUUGUGUGUAUUUCUCUCAUCCACGCGCACAUGUUGUGUAAUCCCAUUAGUUCCGAGAUGGGGGGGUGGAUUGAGGUUAGUCUAAGCCUUAAUCCCCUGGCGGAGGAGCGUAUGCUUAUUAUUCCCCCGCACGCCAACACGCGCUCCUCCUUUUCGUCUCUAGGGGGGGAGACGGGAGGGAGCCGGCGAGUAGUUUCCCAGUCGCCAUGACGACCGUCUAAUUCCGGCGUCCGGAUCGGAAGGCGCGAGGAGGAAUCGCCGCUUUUCCCCCUCGGCCGGCAUGGCCGCCCAGCGGAGCGCGGGAAGGUGCCGGCACGCCGCCGGAGGAACGCGGACGUGCGCCUGAGAGCGUCGUCGGGGACAUGCCCGUACACCAGAUCACGGUGGUCCCGGCCGGCGGCAAGAGGGCCAAAGAGGGGAACGAGGGCGUUCAAAGCAAGCCCCCGGGUCGCUCGGGCAGUCGAUCCAGCAACAUCUCCAAGGCCAGCAACUCCACCGCGGGACAGACCGGCGCCUCCAAGACGUCCGUCACCCCGUCUUCUCAGGAUAUUUGCAGUGUGGUCCAGCUGACCCGCGUCGAGGAGGACGCGGCCCAAUUUGCCGGCCACGACAAGAACGCGCGCGACGCUCGCAUGACCGUCCCCGGCGCCGCUCGGGCCCCGUCCGCCCCCAGAAAGCAGGUGAAGCGCUGCCGCCGCCGCAAAAAGAGGAGCGGCUACGGCCCGUUCGACUGCGUGGAAGCCAAAGACCCCGACCCGGAGCGCCCGCGGGACCGCCCUUUGCGUUUCCUCUGCUCGGACUCCACCUCGGAGGACGAGAAGCCGGCGCGCCGGGAGAAAUACAGACGGGCUCGCCGGCGCGGGCCCGGCAAAACGGUCGACGACGUCGCCGAGGUGAUGGAAUUGCGGUCGGUGGGCUCCGACGAGGGGAAGGCGGAGGACGGAACGGAAAAGGGACGAGAGAGCGCGCGGAGCUCGCCCGGGAAAAGCUCGCCCGGCGCGGACGAGGCCGACGCUUCCCCGCCGUCGUCCUCCGAGGAGAGCGUUACUAAACAGUACGAGGAGAAGGGGGCGGGGCCCGGAGAUGCGGCCGGGGCGCCGGAGACGCGGAAGCCACCCGGGGUCAACGGCGCGCCGCUCGCCGUCAUUUCCGACGAUUCGGAGACGGAGGUGUGCAGGAUCUGCCACUGCGAGGGCGACGAGGAGUGCCCGCUGAUCACGCCGUGCCACUGCACGGGCAGCCUGAGCUUCGUGCACCACGCCUGCCUCUACCAGUGGAUCAAGUCGUCGGACACGCGCUGCUGCGAGCUCUGCAAUUUCCACUUCAUCAUGGAGACCAAACUCAAGCCUCUGCGCAAGUGGGAGAAGCUGCACAUGUCCAAGAGCGAAAGGAGGAAGAUCUACUGCUCCGUGCUCUUCCACCUCAUCGCCAUCGUCUGCAUGCUCUGGUCCGUCUACAUCCUGGUCAAGCGAACCGCCGAGGAGAUUAAACUGGGAAAAAACGAGGAAUUAUGGCGGCUUUCCCUGCUGAAGUACUAUACCCCCGAGGGCGUGCUGGAGUGGCCCUUCUGGACCAAACUGAUCGUGGUGGCCAUCGGCUUUACCGGCGGCCUCAUCUUCAUGUACAUCCAGUGCAAGGUCUACCUGCAGCUGUGGCGCCGCCUCAAGGCCUUCAACCGCAUCAUCACAGUGCAGAAUUGCCCCGACAAGAACCCGGCGGUCGCCCGGGAGAAACGGCGGGCGGAAGACGCUCAGGCGACGCUUUCCGAAAACCCCGUUUGAGACGUGAACAUAAGCAAGCGGGUAGACGGAGGACCACGAAGGAGCCAACUUUGACCUUUCCGUUCCCUUUAUGCACUUUGUCAAACUGCACUUCAUAGCCUCCAACUAGUUGCUCACGGACUCCUUUAGAAUUUUCACUGCACUUGUCCACUUUUGACCGUAUCGCCACCGUUCUAGAAUUUUCUUUCCUCUCGCCGAUCGGCCGGGACGCCGGCACGACGCCCUCUCCGUGAUUCGUCCCAACUGUUAGCGUGACACGAUUCAGCUGCUCAACGUCCAUCCACAUGUAUCAUUGUGUGGGG